AUGAGUAAUUCCAAAUUGUACACACCAAAUGAUCUAAUUGAAUUUGAAAAUCACAAGCGUUAUUCAUCAGUUGGAAAGAGUAAAUCUAAAUAACUUAUGUAUGUCUAGUGCUAGAUUCGAUGAAACAGACUGCACCUGCUUAUGGUUUUGGAUCAUCCACUAGAUAUUAAGCAUAAUCCAUUUACCGAGAUAAAAAAUUACUUCAUAAAGGAAAAAGCAGUCCAGGACCCUGUUAUAAUUCUUCCAAUUAUAUUAAAGAGUUAUUAGCUCGAAAUGCAACUGUCAAAAUAGGAACCGCUAAAAGAAACUUUCUUAAUUAGACAUAGUAUGAUUAUUAUACAAGACAAGAUAGUGAUGUAAUUAUUUACAUACUAUGCUGUGUAGUUCGAACCUCAUAAGGCUAAUGACUUUAGGAAAAUGAACUCAACAAUUGUAAAGAUAGGUCUUGCCUAACGUUUCAAAACUGAUUAUAAAAACUAAAUCCCUGGUCCUGAUCAAUAUGAUAAUCUCAUUAAAAAAACAGGACCUCAAUAUUCAGUAGUUCCAAAAAGACCUAUUUCUAAAUCAUUCUAAGGUUCGACACCUGAUUUAAUUGGUCCAGGAGCUUAUGACGUAAACAAAUCAUUGGAUAUAACUCAUGAAAGCUAUCCUAGUAUUGGAUUCACAAAAGGGGAAAAGAUGAAAGCUAUCAAGAGUGUUGAAAGAAAUUAAACUUAUUACACUAAGUAUUCUGUAAAAUCUAAGAAUUAGGGGAUCGAUUGGAGUACAAAUCAAGUCUAAUUGUGUUACUAAGCCAUGUUUUUCUAUUGGCAAAGAAAGUAGAGACAUUAAACCAGGCAUUUUCAAAAGAGAUAUGGAAGGAGUUUCUACAAAAAUAAAAAUAUCAAUGCCUAAGUUUUGA